GCUCUGGUGACGCAACAUUGGGUCGAGGCGCGACCCUUAAGAACUCCAAAUCCUCAAGAAAGUGCUGGCAGAGUUCACUUCGGCCUUCUUCAAGGAAAGAAGGAACUAAACGUCGCUUAUGGCUGGAGGACAUAUCAUAUCUCUGGUAUCAUUGGGCUAUUGGGCACCGUGAUAAUUUAGCUUUAAAGUAUUUAAUAUUGGAGUUUUCAAUUGAAUUGGAUCUUAUUACUAAUCAACGCCUCAGAAUAGUCAUCCAAUGUUCUUUGAAUGGCAACCAUCAGGUUCAUAUGAGAGAGAGUACCCCAAAUGAUCAAGCAAGAUCCGACAGUGAUGUCCUGGGGACUGUGGAUCAGCACUCUAACAACAACCUCGGCUGCACUUGUCACCGCUGGCCUGGCUGCUCUACUCGCCGUUUUGAACACAGCCACUUCUCCUAGAUCUAAGAUCCUUUCUGACCCUGGAGUAUAUUUUAUAAAUAUCUUAACACUACUAAUGUGCAUGGCGAGUACGAGUACUUGGCUGGCGCAGUAUUACACGAAGCUAUACUUCAACGUGCUUCCAAAGGAGGACAUUGAUAAUAUGUGGACCAGCGAAGGUUCUGCCGAGCUUGGUUAUUCAUUUUGGCUGGUUGUUUGUGCUGGUGUGGUGCAUUUAAUCAGCAUAGCAUUGGUAGGCUGGGGCUCAGGACGAGACAAAAUCGAACGCCUGGAGACAAUUCCCGCACUGGAGGAAAAGACCGCCGCGGCAAUAAUGCUGUAUUGAAUCCCAAGGCUCUUGAGACGAGGACUCAAAGACAGAAGAGAUCCAUUACAAAAAUUACACAGAGUGCUGCUCAUAUUUGUUAGCGUGUGUCGAGGCAACAGGAGUCGAUUAAGCAGAGAGCUGGCUACGAUAUUUCUGCUAUUCGAGAAAAGACAAGUUCCUAGAUGUUUGUUAGCAUACUUAGCAUCGUAAUGUAAAAAAAAAAAAGGAAGAGCAAGCACGUUAACGGUAUUACCACUUAAAUCGUGUUAAAGCUUCAGUGUGAAAUUUGAAGAAUGUUAAAGAAAACCUUCGAUUUAUAUAAUACAAUUAUUGUCCGAUAUUCGGAUCAUGAAUUUGUUGAAACAUUUAAGAAUAAAUGAAACGCGAAAUCCAAACUAAAAUUUCACUAAACCGAGUGCAAAGGUGGAAACACGAUUUUUGUAACGAUCUGAUCAGAAUGUAGUUUCCGGCUGAACGCUUUUAUUUAAAAAAAUAUGACCGCGAGCUUUUCAGACCGCUGAAAUUACCAAGAGUGGAAACCAGGCCAUGUAAUUGAUCGUUUCUACACGGAGUUAUGAGCUUGCACCGUAAUAUUGCGUGAUUCAAAACAUUUUGAACAGUUGAGUACGCGUGUGACAAAGUGUAUACUAUACAUGAUGAACUAUAUCUAUAUUUUCGUGUAACAAUUUCGAGAAAUAUCAGAUAUAAAUAUAUACGUAUACCUAUGCGACAGUGCAUCGCGAUUUGUUUUAUUAUAAUAACAGUACAUUUCGGCCAUCGUCAUUGAAUCACGUCGGUCGAUGUCUUCUCUAAAUAUCUUCAUUGUUUUUUCUAAUCUUCCUUGCGUUUGAAAUAUCUAGUUUUAUACGCGCAUUUAUUAAUGCUUAAAUUAAUCUUCCUCCCUUUUUAGAAACUUCUAGCCCUUUUCUUGCGUACAGUAUGAUUAACAAUUAGAAUUAUAAGAAGGGUAGUAUAUAUAUUUCUUGCCGUUUAGGUAAAUGAAACAGAAAAUAGAUAAUAAAUAGUGUGUUCAUGUUUUCUAUCUGUACGUUUGUCGGCAGCGACGAAAAAAGUCAACUUAACUCAAGAUUUCAUGAAUAUUCUGUUCAUUAAGUUUCAUAGGUUGUAAAUAGAAACGGAGUUUGAUACUCUGUAGUGAUUUAUUUAUUACGUAGUAUCUUAAUUAUUAACUAUAUCAUAAAUGUAAUAAAACAAUUAAAAAGACAAUACGGAUAA